UUGUUCGUCGAAAUGCCUAACUGAAAAAAGUUCCCAGAAAGCGUCUCUUUUAGAAAUCUUAUCCUCUCCCGCUUCGGUCUCACAUUCAAAACCAUCCACCACCGGUAAGUUUUGCCGGCGAUUCAUUUCUCCGGCGUCAAAUUUCUCCGGAGAAGUUUCAGGGCUUGAAGAUUUAAAUCUACUUGGUCGAGUAGGAGAAAUGUUAUCCACCAUUCAGCCGCCACGCAACCUCUCCCUCCUCUCUCUCCGCCGCAUCCACUCCAAACCCAUCAUCUCCUCCGCCGCAACCGCCUCGUCCGCUGCUGCCUCUUCCUCUCCACCGGAAUCCCAGAUCCUCAGCAACCGCCGUUCUCUCUUCGCCGGCGAAGUUACUGCCGCCGAGCUCGCCAAGCCCUACCUCUCCCGUCUGCAUCUCACGGAACCGCAGCUUAACUGCUUCCUCCAUGUGUCGGAGAAUGUCCUGAAGGAGGCCGAUGAGAUCGACCAACGAAUUGCCAAAGGUGAGUAUGUAGGUCCUCUCGCCGGAGUUCUUGUCGGCGUCAAGGAUAAUAUCUGCACGACGGGUAUGCCUUCUACUGCCGCCUCCCGAAUCCUCGAGAACUAUCGCCCACCAUUCGAUGCGACGGCUGUCAGGAAGAUCAAGGAGCUCGGAGGGAUUGUUGUCGGCAAAACUAACUUGGAUGAAUUCGGAAUGGGUAGUACAACUGAAGGUUCUGCGUUUCAGGUGACUGCAAACCCAUGGGACAUAACCCGAGUGCCCGGAGGAUCAUCAGGAGGCUCAGCGGCAGCUGUUGCCGCUAGGCAAUGUAUGGUGUCUCUUGGUAGUGAUACCGGUGGAAGUGUAAGGCAGCCAGCAUCAUUCUGUGGUGUUGUUGGUCUUAAGCCAACAUAUGGACGUGUCUCCAGGUUUGGUCUUAUGGCUUAUGCCUCGUCCCUGGACGCAAUCGGGUGCUUUGGUUCUACUGUUGCUGAUGCCGGGAUUCUUCUUCACGCUAUUUCUGGUCAUGAUAGAUUUGAUGCCACUAGUAGCAAACAAGAGGUGCCUGAUUUCCCAUCCCAGUUUCCUUCUUUAGACUCUUUUGAAUCCAAACCAUUGAAGGGAUUGAAAGUUGGUCUGAUCUGUGAGACUCUUCAAGAUGGUGUUGAUACCGGAGUAAAAUCUGCUACCCGGGAAGCUGCAUCUCACCUAGAAGAAUUGGGUUGUGAUUUGACAGAGGUGUCAAUGCCCUCCUUUUCUCUUGGACUGCCAGCCUACUAUGUUAUUGCCUCAUCAGAGUCGUCCUCCAACUUAGCGCGUUAUGAUGGCCUCAGAUAUGGAAGUCAAGCUACUGCUGAUGAACUAAAUAAACUGUAUGAAGAUUCCCGGGGUAAUGGAUUUGGCAAGGAGGUGAAAAUGAGAAUUUUAAUGGGAACAUAUGGCCUGUCGGCGGGUUACUAUGAUGCCUACUACAAGCGAGCCCAACAGGUGAGAACGUUAAUUCGGAAAGAUUUCAAGGCAGCCCUGGAACAGAACGACAUCCUUAUCUCUCCAGCAGCUCCUUCUGCAGCAUACAAGAUCGGUGAAAAGAAAGAUGAUCCAUUGGCAAUGUAUGCUGGAGACAUUAUGACGGUGAGUGUAAACAUGGCCGGGCUUCCUGCCCUCGUGCUACCCUGCGGAUUAGUACAAGGAGGGCCUUCGGGUCUUCCUGUUGGCCUUCAAAUGAUCGGUUCAGCCUUUGACGAGGCUAAAUUACUCAAAGUGGGUCAUGUUUUCGAGCAGACACUUAAAGGUUCGGCCUUUAUCCCUCCAUUGUUAGCCAAUGUUGCUUCUUCCACUUCCACCAGUGUCUGAAAACAGAGGAACGAGCGAUCACCAUGGACAAAAUCUCCAUGAUCUUCAGUAACUUCAGAUGUAAUAAUGUCGGUUAGAGUUAAAUAUAUGCAAUGUUUAAAAAAGAAUACGACAUUAACUCUAACCAUAAUGAUUUUUUGGGCCAUAAUGAUUUUUUGGCCCAUUUACUCAAUGGGCCGAAAUUUUGGGCCCAAACAGAUUCUAUGCCCAA